UCAACUUGAAGACGCUUCACAGUCCAUUUCCAUUCGAAAAUUGUGAAACAAAAUUAGAAAAUACAAAUACAAUGCCAGGUGCUUUAUCGAUAGUGAUGCAUUGCAUUUUAUCUCCUGGAUAUGUAUUCGCGCGAAUGUGGGUUGAAGGAUCUCGCAUAACAAACAAUCACACGUAAAGAAAAGAAUCCAGCGAGACCAGCUAUUCAUUUUUAUUUGUUGGACAGUUUUUCACGUCGAGCGUGCCCUGAAUCAAUUAUUAUAUAUGCGUACCCGAUCUCUGUGGAAUCUUUAAUUUAUAUCUUAUCCAUUGCUUGAAAAAAAUAUAUUUGUCUUCAAAGAUGCCUUUGAAGCACGCAUUCGGUCAAAAUAUCCGUUUUUUGCUCGAUACAAGGGCUUUUACAAAAAAGCGUCCGCCGUCGUGAUGCGUGUGACGUUAUACGCUCGCAGCCAGGCAUCAAAAUCUACGAAUCACCUCCCGUAUAGAAAUGGUUUGUUCAUUUCACUAACAUAUUUAUGGCGAUUAAACGUUGAAAAACAGAGUUCCGUUGUUAAAAACUAAUAAAUAUGGAUUAAGUGAGCGAAACCUAAAGUGUAAUAGAGUACAUAGCUUCAAGACUUUGAUGUCUUCGAUGACGGUCAGAGGUAUAAGAAAAAAAACUUCACACGGAACAAUUACUCUAAUUAAUAAGAGUGCCUAUUUCAAUAAGGCUAACCAAUGGAAUGAAAUUAAGUGCUUCUACACACAAAAACAUAUAAGAUCCAUCCACUAUAUCUUUAAUUACUACAGGACUGAAAAUCAAAUCGAGCAAAUUGCUUUGAUAUCAUAAGAUCUUCUUAAAGUGCAGUUAAUAACUCUAUUCCAUUAGUUCAUUGCGCUUUUAAAGGGUAGCAGAUAAACAUAGAGUACACACUAGUGUUAGCAAGGCUCAAAUCAGAAUGGAACUCGCUUUUCUCAUUUCGCUUUGGCUCCCACUUUUUGCUGCUCAUAAUCCUAUACGAGAAUGCGAGAAAGAAGGAACCCCUGCUCAGAUCUCUGCAAACAUCACGUGCGAUCAACAACUUCGCGUUUUCGUCGACGGCCGGCAGGUUGGUAACACAAGCACCGGUUACCAAAACGUCGGUCGGCUUACCAUUCCACGUGGCUCGAGCGUGAUUGGACUUCAAUGCAAGGGACAAGCAAUGAGUAACUUAUCCGCUACCAUCACUGGCGGCAUCUUGGGAUCGCUGAGCAACGGCCUCUUGACCAACAGUCACUGGAAAUGCUCCCACAGGUACCAGGAAGACUGGGCGUCUCUGGACUUCGAUGAUUCUUCCUGGGCAAAUGCCGUAAGCCGUGGUGUGAAUAACCAUCGCAUACCAAACUUGCCAUUCCCUUGGGGUCAUACCCCGGAUGUUUGGGACGGCGCUCAUUGGAUCUGGGGAAAUGACACUACGAGUGUCUACGUGUAUUGCAGACAUCGCCUUAUCAAUAAGACCGAGUGUGUACCGGUGCGAAUGUCUGGCUUUUUUGAUAGCAGCGAGUUUCUCCUGGACAAAUCGCUUCCAGGAACACUCCUUAAAAAGACAAGUGCCGUCUCCCCAGUGGAUUGCGGUCUUCUCUGCCAUCAGCAUGCGCGGUGCAAGUCCUUUAACUUCGAGUACGCGUCAAGUGCGACGGCCAAGGCAUGUGAGCUGAACAGUGGAGCCGCGGGCUCAGGAUACAAAGGGCUUGCCGAGCGAAAUGGAUUCGUGUACUAUGAUAUAUUCCACUUGGAAGAAAACAAAUAAGACGACAGGAAUUCAGUCAAUAGUCACCCUGGUAUGAAUUACACUGGCUAGACACCAGGGGACCUGAAACUUGAUAAGGAUGGUUAUUGUUAAUACCAUAUUGCCGUUCCAGACUCGUACCCAGUCCCCAAAAUGAGAAGAAAAUAAGAAGGAAAAAGGGAAACAUAAUUGAUGAGCGGGUUGCCUGUGCCGAUUCAUUAGGUGCGUCUGUCGUGUUGGUUGCCUGUGGUCAAAGAAAUAGUUUUUUACCCACACGGCAGAGCGCGCCUAAUUAGUCGCCACAGGCAACCCGCACAUUAAUUAUGUUUCCCUUAUUCCUUCUUAUUUUUUUCUCAUUUUGGCGACUGGGUACGAGUCUGAUUACCGUUCAUAUACUAUAUUAACUAGAAACAUUUCACAGAAAAUUCUUUGUCGAGCCGAGCCUUGAUAUUCUGCGAUUCCUUACCCCCUUCCACAGGAAUCCCGAAACUCCGGAGAGCCGGCCUCACAGGGAUACGACUCGAUAAUCAACCAAUCAGGCGUGCGUAGAAAGGUGCUUUAUCAAAUGAUUAUUAUUUUUUGCUUAUUGCACAGCGCAAAAACAAGCACAAAAAUAAAUGAAUAAUACGUA